ACUGCUCUGCGGUAGGCACCAACCCUCUGUGUUAAACCGGCAGAAAUAACACCGACAGACGGACUAAGAAGCCAGGCGACCCUCUUGAGGACUGUGAUGGGCAGACUGGCCCACUUCGCACGCGUGAAGCUCCGCCCGUUAGCGUCUCCUCAGCCCUCAUUCAAAACAGAACACAGCUGUUGCGAGGCGCUCUGUUGUGUGCGGAGCGUUAAAAACGACGAUCCGACUGCUGUCCUCUGAUGUCCUCUCUGGAAUAUCAGACGAAGGAAGGAAAACGGCACACUUUGGACUCUCCCUCAGAGAAAGGCAGGACUCAGUAGAAAGAAGAAUUCAGAAUAGGCAACGGUACUCCUGGAACUAUGCACAUCUGACACCUAACUGAGAGCCUGACGGGCUUUACUGCAACUGAGGAUGAUGAAUGGUCUCCUUUGCCAAUGCUAGAUGGUAUGGGAAUGAUGGACCUCCCCAAUGGCCAGUCAUGCAUCACCAACACUGCUGCAACAGCCUCUGAGAAGAGCAGCAGCUCAGAGUCUCUCAGUGAUAAGGGAUCUUCAGAGCUGAAGAAGAGUUUCGAUGCAGUUGUGUUUGAUGUGUUGAAGGUCACCCCUGAGGAGUAUGCAGGCCAGAUUACGCUCAUGGACGCGCCUGUAUUCACUACCAUCCAGCCUGAGGAGCUAUCAAGCUGUGGCUGGAACAAGAAGGAGAAGCACAGCUCUGCUCCAAAUGUUGUGGCCUUCACCCGCAGGUUCAAUCAGACUAGUUUCUGGGUGGUACGAGAGAUUCUCCAUGCUCAGACGUUGAAGAUCAGAGCUGAGGUGCUGAGUCUGUAUAUUCGUACUGCCAAGAAACUGUGUGACAUGAACAACCUCCAUGCUGUCAUGGCAGUGGUGUCAGCGUUGCAAAGUGCACCCAUCUUCAGACUUACUAAAACAUGGGCGUUACUAAGUCGAAAGGACAAGGCAACGUUUGAUCGUCUUGACUACCUGAUGUCCAAAGAAGACAACUAUAAACGUCUGAGGGAUUUCAUAAGCAGCCAGAGCAUGGUCUCAUGUAUACCAUACCUUGGGAUGUAUCUCUCUGAUCUGACAUACAUAGACUCGGCGUACCCCUCCACAGGCAGCAUACUGGAGAACGAACAGAGAUCCAACCUGAUGAACAACAUUCUCAGGAUCAUAUCCGACCUGCAGAGAUCUUGUAACUACGAUGUACCAGUGUUGCCUCACAUACAGAAGUAUUUGAACUCUGUCAGGUACAUCGAAGAGUUGCAGAAGUUUGUGGAGGAUGACAACUACAAGUUGUCACAGAAGAUUGAGCCAGGCACCAGCACACCACGAGCCAACGCCUCUAAGGAGGAUCUUGUUGGCCAGGAAGCAUCAUCUUCUCCUCUUUGUGGACGUAAGGGGUCAGUGACUGCUGACGUCCCAGCCACGCCUCCAUCCCCCAGGAACAUGCUGCCUUAUGGGCACAGGAAGUGCCACAGCCUGGGCUACAACUUCAUCCAUAAGAUGAACACGGUUGAGUUUAAAAGUGCCACUUUUCCCAACGCUGGUUCUCGUCACCUGCUGGAUGACAGUGUAUUAGAGAGCCACAGCCCCACCAGGGGACAGGCAGAGAGCUCUACUCUGUCCAGUGGCAUUUCACUCGGGAGCAGUGAGGGCUCUGAGCUCAGUGAAGAGAUGUCUUGGCCAGCUUUUGAGAGGACUCGGUUCUAUCACUCUCUGGGCCCAGUGAGCCGUGUGGCCCGCAUCCAGUACAGAGGAGUCCUGAGGCCCAGCAGCUCUGCUGAGUCGGAGGAGCUGGCGGUUCAUCUGUAUCCCGGAGCAGUCACGGUGCAGGGGGUGUUGAGACGGAAGACCGUGCUCAAGGAGGGCAAGAAGCCAACUGUGGCAUCUUGGACCAAAUACUGGGCUGCUCUUUGUGGAACCCAGCUUUACUACUACGCUGCAAAGUCCCUGAAGGCCACAGAGAGGAAACAUUUUAAAUCCGCAUCCAACAAGAGUGUGUGUGUGGUCGGUCUCAUGGCCAUGAUGGCUGACGAUCCAGAGCAUCCCGAUGUCUUCUUGUUGACCGACUCUGAGCAUGGUAACACCUACAAGUACCAGGCAGGAAACAGGAUGAAUGCUUUGCUCUGGUUUAAACAUCUGAGUGCUGCUUGUCAGAGGAAUAGGCAACAGGUGCCAGCAAAUCUGAUGUCAUUUGAGUGACCGUAAAAAAGAGAGGGGCGAGGCGAGAGAUGAGGAGGAUGAGGACGAGCACCGACUCAGUAGUGGAAGCUUUCACUGCCAUGAGCCCCAACAGCUGAUUCUCCGACUCUCACCCCAACCUCACUCCAACCUCACCUGCCACCACUGCCUUAACCAGAGUUCCUAGUGUGUGUGUGUGUGUGUGUGUGUGUGUGUGUGUGUGUGUGUGUGUGUGUGUGUGUGUGUGUGUGUGUGUGUGUGUGUGUGUGUGAGUGAGUGUGAGCAGGUCUGUGUGGAUAGAAGCUUUUGGAUGUUUUGACCACUAAACAAGGAGCCGCACCACUGCUGUUGUCUCUCUGAGUGUCUUUUCAGCGCUUCAGUGGAGCCCAGAUGUUUUUCCUCACCUUCAGACUGCCCCUGUAGCGACGGGGACAAUCUCUUUCACUUUUUUUUUUUUUAAAUGAAGGGGCAAACUAUUUUAAUUCACUCCCCCCUUCAUUGCGCUCAAAUGUAGGAUCUCCAUCUCUCACUCUGAUGGAAACUCAGUCCCAGCAUGACCAACCAGUUGGAGGUCGGAUGGUUGUGGAGCGCCUGCUCACUUGCUCGUCCACACUUUAUCACUCUCUUUAAUUAUUUGCAUCUGCUCGAAGUGGAAGAAUAAGUUCCUUGAACCGUGCUCCCACAAAGCUUUUAUUGUAUCCUUGUGAACGUAAGGGCUCUGAUUCGCCGUCAGUUCCAGCAGAAAUGAUUCCCACUUUUCCUGAAUGUGUCAAGUCUUUAAAACAGAAUCUAUCCCUCUGUUUGUCACUUGAUGAAUUUACUGUGUGCGUGCACGCGUGUUUGUACAGCUGCGUGUGACGAGUUGGAGGUGUUGGUCUGAGUUUCCACAGUGGUACAGUAAUCCCAGAUUCUAAGCUAAGUUGCGUAGAUGGAUGGACAAACACCUUUCAAGUCCUUUUUGUUGCCGUUUGUUUUUUCUGUUGCCCUGCAUCAGCUGAUGGACGCCAGGCUGGGCUCACUGGACUUGCACAUACAAAACACUAAAGACUUGAAACUGUGAAAAAGUCUGAAAUGGAAAGCAACAAAAACUCAUAAUUCACAAUUUGAUCUCCUCUGUUUUCCGUUUGGAUGUUGAAGCAGACACUCGCAUCUUACCUGGAGCCACAGUGUCUCUUUGUCUUUGUUUACUUUUUUCCUUUCUUUUCUUGCGGGAGCGACGGUACAGUUCACAGUAUUACCAUGUAGUUGAUGAUUGCACAAGAAUUUCAGUUUGUCUGUUACAUGUAGAUGUUAGUUUUUGUGUGUUUAUUAUUUUGAAUGGUUAUUUAACCUAUGGAUCUAGAUUUUUGUUGUUAUAAAAGUGAAGAGUUUGCCCCUUUUAUCAUGACUGCGACGUUUUAGGCCUCAAAGUUGUUAAAUAGCAUAAGCACCUUGGUAGGAAUUAGUGCCAAGUUACUUUAGCGUAGCUGUUUUGUUUCUUCAGGUCGAUGAAACAUUAGGAGGAGAGUCAAAGUGUGAUUAGGUGUGCCACUUAAAGACUGUUGCCAGGUGUUUUUGUGAAAACAUGAGCAAUAGGCUGGUACAAAAACUUAUGGGAGGCUUUAUUUAGCAAUAAAAAGAAUGACUCGGCUUUAUAAAAAAAAAAUGGCUGUUUACAUUGUGUGUUUACACAAUCCUUUGCUUAAUUCCUUCACAGCUUAGCAUUUGCUGUAUUAUUGGGAAAUGGAUUAUGAAUUUGUUCUGUCACUGAGUUACUUUAAACUCUGAGUUUUGUUAUAAAGCAGUUAGUGGGGCAUGAUGGGAGCAGCAGGUGAACAUUUUCAUUUUUACAGUACAGAUUUUCUCUCUAUUGUGCAUUAGAUUGUCCUUUUUUACUAAGUAAAGCUCCUAAACCUCUGCUGAUGCUUUAAACUCCUCAGAAAAACACUCUGUACCUCCUAACAAUCCAGACUAUACAAAGUCCAGAGAAUCGGAUCAAUCUGAAGAGGUGUACAGUUGCCUGUGUGGAGACGAGGUAGUGGACAAACCUGUGGAAAAACCGAGGAAGCCAAAGACAGGCCUGUGUAAUGUGACAGUCGCUGAAAGUACGAGUGUAUGUAUUUGGAUGCCUGUGCAUACUUCUCUAUUUUUUUAAUGCAAUGUAAUCCAAGCCAGAUUAGACUAUCCCCUCGAGGCUGCCGUCACUGCUGAGCAGUGGGGGGUCGACCAGCUACCCGAUCUCCUGUGUGAGUGACGGCAAUCUCACGCUACAACUCAACUCUUGUGUUGCACUGGAAGUGAGAAGAAAGGACUUUUCAGCUCACACCGAGUGGAAGAGAGACUGCUCGGAGCGCUAGAAGCUAGCUAAGGAAGCGGAUCGGUGUUUGGUUUCUGCCGGACAGCUAAAGGGACAACGAGGGUUAGAUGGGAUGACGCUGUUCGUAACGAGUGGUUGAGAGACGGUUUAACCGUGUUUAACCACAAAUGCUGGUUCAGUCCUGCCCAACCAGCUGUUGUAUUCCAAGUCGGGAUUAGAAGGAAUCAGUUUGAGACUCUGCAGAAAGGACUGUGAGCAGGAGUAGCUGGGAUGCAUUUAAAAUAAAAAAACGUGACAGCCAUCACAUUUGCUUUUCUUUGCAUUUGCUUUAUCUGAUGCUGAUCGACAAUGAUGAAAGAAACGUACUCUAUGUAAUCAGCGUGGGUUCCAGAGUUUGAAGUUUUCUACUUUACCAGAGCAGAGAAGUGCUUCGAGUGUAACGUUUAUUUUCUUGAGGGUUCCAGUUCACGUCGAGCACUUUUUUGUGACACUUGUCUUGCUGUUACAUGGGUUUACUUGUUUGUUUGUUUUUUCACUUUGAGGGCAGCGUUUGGCCAAAAGGAUGAUGAAAAUAGAAAAUUGGGACAUAUUUGUCUUGGAUUUUGAGCCAAAUCACUUUGAACAAAACUGCUCCUUGAUCUUUAUUUUGGGUGAAAAUAGAAAAUGUAGGUGUUAAAACCUUAAUUGUCAUAAAGAAACGUGAUUCCACGCUUUACAGUUUUCUGCUUUCCUAGCUUGCGUUUCCUUCACACUGACCAUACUGUCUGCUAAUGCACAAUCUGUCUAACUUCUCCUGUGUUAAUCGUUCUGCGUAAACACCUUCCUGAUUCAGUCAGCAGUUCACACGUGUAUCUCAUCCAGAACCAGUGUUGGUGUGUUUUUGUUGUUUUUAUUUUUUGUAACCUAUGUGACCCUGUGCCACUUGUGCACCAGACAGGUAUCAUUCACUGUUUACCAAGGAAAAAGCAGCAGCCUCUGUUUGAGUUGUCAUAGUAACAGAGGUGAUGUGUCACUGACCUUUACCUGGCUUUGUGUGUGUCUAUCAUGACUGUGGUGAGCGCUGUGACCUCAUCUUUGAGUGAUGUGCUACCUCAUGUGAAGACUAAGAUCCAAUAAACACUCUGACCUUUUUUUU